UGGGCGCUAGUGUAAAAGAGAAUUCCGUACGCGCAUGUGCGGCUGUAAGAAGAUGGCGACCCGCGGCAUGGAGCUGCCGUUGGUGUUAAUACCCCUCGACUCAGGAUGUCCAUCAUGUCCUGAUGAGGUUCGAGCUUGACCAACGACAUGCUACACGUGGAUUGGAGGCUGUUGCUUCUGAUUCUCGCGGUCGUCUUCCUCUCUGGCAGCUCGUGCGGCCAACUGAUGUCUAAAGAGCAUAGAACACAUAAAGCAUCCGAAAGAAAAGAUGAUUUAUGGUGCUAUCAAUGCGAUACUAUUGGAGAAGGUGAAAGCUGUAUCAAUGUCACUGGAAACCACAGUUCGCUUAUUCAAAAGUGCAAAGACGAUAAACGGACAUGCAUGGUGAAACGCUUUUCCUACACAACGAGUACGGAGAAUUCGACAUCUGUACCGAUGAUGUGGGGUCUCGAGCGCAAUUGCACCAACAAGUGCGAACCCGGAUGCAUCGUCAUCGGCGAGCGUACGAAACUCUACGCCUGCACUGCCUGCUGCGUAAAAUCUUUUUGCAACAAUGGAACUGGGACAGCUAAUGAGCUCGUGAUCAAGGAAUUGGAAUUCUUUCUCGCUCUUAUGCUUCAGAUACUCCUUACCAUUACGGUCUAUCCUUCCUGCCACUCGCUGUAAAAUAACAAGCAUCCUCAUCUAGGAUUUAUAUAAUGAAUUGUGCGCAUGUCGAUUCAUCCGAGUGAUAUGUGAAAAUAUCGAUGAUACGUUAUUAGUUAUUAAAAUAUUUCUUCCACAUUCUCGAGAAUAGUCAAUCU